UUAAAGGAUCGAUGUCGAAAAAUUUGUCAGAUCAGUUGGAUGCAUUGCAUGCUAAGCUGUUAGCAGUAGGAACUAACUUGGUAUACAUAAAGAGAAAUAGUAAGAAGGAUACGAAUGCCGCAUUCAAACGAUUCAAAAUCGAUGUAAUGAGUGCGGAAGUGAAUGAUUCCAAUCCAUAUAGUCGAUUGAUGGCUUUGAAGAAAAUGGGUAUUGUGAAAAACUACGAUGAUAUCCGGAAAAAAACAGUGCUGAUAGUAGGUAUUGGUGGUGUCGGAAGUGUUGUUGCCGAAAUGUUGACGAGAUGUGGAAUUGGAAAGCUUAUAUUGUUUGAUUAUGAUAAGGUAGAACUUGCUAAUAUGAAUCGUUUAUUUUAUCAACCGCAGCAUUCUGGUAUGAAUAAAGUUGACGCAGCACGGAACACUCUGAUAACAAUCAAUCCCGAUGUAGAUUUCGAAACGUAUAAUGUGAAUAUAACGACCGUAGAGAACUAUUCCCUCUUUGUUGACCGAAUUAGGAAGGGAAAUCUUAUCGGUGAGAAGGUUGAACUCGUUCUCAGUUGUGUGGAUAAUUUCGAAGCUAGAAUGACUAUUAACACUGCUUGUAAUGAAGAGGAUCAGAUAUGGAUGGAAUCUGGUGUUAGCGAGAGUGCGGUAUCUGGCCAUGUACAGUGUAUGCGUCCUGGACAUAGUGCAUGCUUUGCUUGUGUGCCUCCUUUGGUGGUUGCUUCAAAUAUUAACGAACGCACUCUGAAACGUGAAGGAGUUUGUGCUGCGUCAUUACCCACCACUAUGGCCGUCGUUGCGGGCUUUCUGGUACAAAAUGCCUUGAAGUUCCUUUUAAAUUUUGGUGAAGUAUCGUACUGUCUGGGGUAUAAUGCUCUCUGUGAUUUCUUUCCUCGACAUCAGAUAUUACCGAAUCCGAGUUGUGAAGACCGUUUCUGUCGACAAAGACAAGAAGAGUAUAAACAAGUUGCAAAUGAAAAUGAAGCUGACGAAAAUGAAAAGGUCGAAGAAAACAUAACACACGACGACAACGACUGGGGUUAUAUUGGUUCUCGGGAAAUUUUUGUUACUGGAUUACAAUAAACGCUUAUUCAUGUUCAUUUGCAGGAAUUGAAGUGGUGGAUGAAUCAUUAGUUGAUCCUACUAGUGAUUGUUGUAAUGGACCUGGCAAAGGGAUACAAUUUGCUUACGAAGCUCCUGUCAAAGAGAAUAUGGGUGAUAAGGAACAAAUAUCCGAGGCAAAGAACUUAUCAUCACUGAUGACUGAAUUAAAAAGUUUAUGAUAAAUGGUGCUGUUAAUGAAUUGUUAUGAGUAAAGAAGGGAACAAGGGAUGUACUUGUUUAUUACUAGUGUAUAUUUUAUUCUCCCACUUCACUUAUCAAAAUACAUAAAAUAAAAUAUGCAAGUCACGGAAUUUUGUUUAUUCCAUACACCAAAAGACUGCAGUUACCCAAAUAAAAAGUGUCAAACUAUUCCUCAUGCAAAUGCAGGAUAAAAUUCAGUGCAUAUUC